UCUCUCUUCUGGUUUCUUUCAAUAUAACCCUAAGCAUUCUCUCUCUCACUCUCUCACUCUCUCUUUCUCUUUCUUCUUCUUCAAUUUCAACAGGUUUGAAGUUGUUGAAAGAUGAGUUCUCGGACAGUGAGGAGUUACCGGCGUAGGAAGACGAAUUUGGAGUUGGACCUUAACCGUGUCCCUGAUGAAGAGAGUCGAGAGGAGGAACAGGAGCCACCUUCCACUCAACUUGUUCCCAUGAUUGAUGUUGACGCCAUUGAUGAUGAUGAUGUUGUUGAGUCCUCUCCCAGGGCUUUUGCUCUGGCCAGAAACAAUUCGAGGAGAAUUCGCGAGAGGACUGUAGUUGAUGUGGAGGAUUCAGAAGAUCGGGCUAGGGUUGGUCGCAAGCAUGACAGAUGCAGAGAACCACUCAAAAUGCCAACAUUUUUUCAUUGUGGUCCUCGUGGGAAUUUGGAAGGCAGUAGCAGUUCUGUGAAGAUAAAUGCUAGAAAGUCACCUGAACCACCUCCACCUGCGAAGGAGCCAGUCUUUAACUGUCCAAUAUGUAUGGGUCCUUUGAAAGAAGAAAUGUCAACAAGGUGUGGUCAUAUUUUUUGCAAGCAUUGCAUUAAAGCUGCAAUAGCUUCACAGGGUAAAUGCCCUACCUGUAGAAAAAAGGUUACUGUAAGAGAGCUGAUAAGGGUCUUUCUUCCAUCAGCUAGUUGAAGGAUCUGCAUCCAAGCUUUAUUGAGGAGAAGUGGGAAUGGAAGAAACUUCAUUGUCCUUUGAAGAUUGCUGAGUGGCUGUGUUGUUUCUAACAUGUUCCUCAUAGCAGAUGCUUAUUUGUUUUUAAGUAGCUGUUUCUCCUCAUUCUUCAUAUCAAUACAGGGAGAUGCUAGGUAGAUACUAUUUGUGUCUCCGUUUUUUUAAACAAUUUUCAUAACUCUCAGUCUUUCGUUUUUUCUUAUUGGUGAAAAGAUGGGAUCAGAGAGGCCGGUUAAUAUGACCCCCCCAUCUUGACAUAGGGGAUUUAUUUAUAUAAGUUUAUUGAUUAGGCUCCUUGACUUUGUUUUUAAUGGAGCCGGUUGCCAGUAUAAUUAGUUAUAUACUUUUUUUUUUAAGUGUUUUGCAGUACCGGUUCAGCAUGAUUAAUUUGGUUUUAG